GUCCCAGUCUGCUCUCACACGUCCUCCCGCGCGCUCACGGACUCCUGCGCUCCUCUCGGGACCCACGCCACGCGCUUUUGGGACUAAAACACGUCCACGGUCCACGGUCCAGACCCCCCCCCCCCCGGACCCUCAGGACCCGCCCCGGACCGCGUGACCUCUCCGAUGUGGAGCUUGUGUCUUUAGAUGAGUGACCCAGAAGCUUCUCUCUCUCCACACUAACAGUGGGACUUUGGCACGGAUCUGGAGGAGCCGACUGGAGACUUUACACCAUGAACCGAGCCUUCAACCGGAAAAAAGAUAAAACAUGGAUGCACACCCCAGAAGCCCUCGCCAAACACUACAUCCCCUACAACGCCAAGUUCCUGGGAAACACAGAAGUGGAGGCUCCCAAGGGCACAGAGGUGGUGAAGGACGCUGUCAGGAAACUGAAGUUCCAGAGACACAUAAAGAAAUCUGAGGGACAGAAGAUUCCCAAAGUGGAACUACAGAUCUCCAUCUACGGAGUCAAGAUCCUCGAGCCCAAAACCAAGGAGGUCCAGCACAACUGUCAGCUCCACAGGAUCUCGUUCUGCGCAGACGACAAAACGGACAAACGCAUUUUCACUUUCAUCUGUAAAGACUCUGAGUCCAACAAACACCUGUGCUACGUGUUCGACAGCGAGAAAUGUGCAGAGGAGAUCACUCUAACCAUUGGUCAGGCAUUUGAUUUGGCAUAUAAGAAGUUUCUGGAAUCAGGAGGCAAAGACGUGGAGAAGAAACAGAUCGGAACGCUACAGAAAAGAAUUCAGGAGCUGGAGACAGAAAACGCAGAGUUGAAGAAGCAGCUUCAGGAUCUAGAGGAGCAGCUCAUGAUCGCUCAUGUCCCCCCGGCGGGCAGUGUGUCUCAGAAGCCUCAGUCCACAGACAUCUUCGACAUGGUUCCCUUUUCUCCGGUCGCUCCCUUGGUUCCCACUCGGGCGUCCAACGGGUGCCCCCCUCCGCCCCCCACCUCACCCCCUCCAGACAUCAACAAAGAUCUGUUUGGAGCUGAGCCGUUUGACCCGUUCACCUGUGGAGCUGCAGACUUCCCUCCAGACAUACAGUCCAAACUGGACGAGAUGCAGGAGGGGUUCAAAAUGGGACUGACUCUAGAGGGCGCUGUGUUCUCUCUGGACCCGCUGGACAGUCGCUGCUGAUCGUCUCAAGAGGAGGAAGAGGAGGAGAGGAGGAAGAGGAGGAAGAGGAGGAAGUGCCAAACUCGAGCCAAGAUGUCCGCCAUCCGUCCACACGUUCACAAGUUUAUAUGCACCCAGCGGAAAAACGCCCCGCACUGCAAAACAACUCUGACCGGAGUUCUCAGUAUUGAUCUUGUUUUCAAGUUUAGUGUAGUUUCAAAAGUAAAAUCCAAACUUGUGGCUUUAUAAAUGCAUUGCCCAAGAGCACAACAGUAUGAACUCAGGAAUUGAACCAGUUUGCAUUGAAAUAGUCAAAAUUGGCAGUAGACAGACUAGAAGAUCAUGGCAAAAAUUACAUGAAACACACAAACUCCAGUGAUUCAAAAACUAGUUUUGGUUGAACUUCAUCAUCAAUAGCCACUAGUAAAUUUUAAAUAAUAAAAUCAUUUGAUCAAAGUCGGCCUGAAAACUCCUGAUCGCAGCACGUCUAGUAGAAAAAGUUACACCACAAAAACUAAAAUCUAUCCAAGUUAAGAUGACUUGAAUUAAGAAAGUAAAAUACAUUUCACUUGACAAGUAAAACAAUCUGUCAGUGGAACAAGACUUUUUGUUCUUAAAUUAUGAAAAUACAUCUGGUUACACUUAAAAAAAGAAAAACAACAACUCCUUGCACUUAAAAUAAGAAACAGAAUCAAAUGUUACUUGAAUUAAGAAAAACACACUUAUUCCAUUGUCAGAUCAUUUUACUUGUCAAGUUAAAUCUAGUCAAAGUAAAAUGUUCUUAAUUUAAAUCAUUGUAACUUACUUAAAUAUUGUGUUUUGUGUACAUAUUAUUUACAAAGAAGUGUGUUUGAGUUCUUCUUAAAGUGCCUAUGACAGGUUAGACCUCUCAUUUGACUAAAAUACAGUCAACAUCAUGAGAUUUCAGAUUUGACUAAAAGUUUUUAACAGAAUUCUCCCUGUUUGGUGUCAAAAAAAAAAAAAAAAAAAAAGUGUGAUUCUCUAAAAUAGAAAUCUCUACUUCCUCUAGGAUCAGGGGUGUCAAACUCAAAUUGACAGAGGCCAAAAUUAAAAACUGGAACUAAGUCAUGGGCCAAACUAAAUCCAUACAUCCAAACUAAAUAUUUAUUGAAAAAUGUAUCUCCUUUCGAGAUAUGUAAUGUACAUUUUUUUCUUAUUAAAAUGUUUAAUAAUAGUUUUGCUUAAACACUGAAUCCAGAACAUGCAAAAUAUAAAAUAAUAACAACAUUUUAAAUAAAUCAUGUGUCUAUAGUCUAUCUGCAGCCAGCGGGCAGCUUUAACACAUGUUUGAUAUGAUCUCGCGGGCCAAAUAUAAUUAUAACACAAGGCCAAAUUUGGCCCCCGAGCCUGAGUUUGACAUGUCUGCUCUAGAGCAGUGUUUCUCAAUUAUUUUCUGUCAUGCCCACUCUAGGAAGAAGAAAACAUGUCUCGUGUCCCUUCAUUCCUCAGAACUACUACCAAACAUGGACAAAUCGCACCCUCGCCUUCAGUAGUAGUAGUAGUAGUAGUAGUAGUAGUAGUAGUAGUAGUUCAGGAGUAGCUUUCAGUACCUGCAGCACGUGUCCGUCCAUAUUACUCACUGUGUUCACCUGCGUCAUGAGGCGUCCGCUCCUGUGUUCUCCUCGUCUUUAAAGAUCAUGUCUGUUAUAGUUCGGGGCACUCGCUUCAUCCAGCGUGACAGAAACCACGUGUAAUGCUGCAGCAGAAUCAGCUCCUCUGCUGUUUGGUAUGUCACCUUAUAUCAGGCAUGUCCAAACUGCGGCCCGUGGGCCAAAUGCGGCCCUCGGACAAAUUUUUCUUGGCCCUCGGGGUUCCAGGUGAUUUGGCCCCUAUUACUUUGCAUCAAUUAAAAAUGAACUUUUUUACCGCAAGUUUUUUGAAAAUCUACUUUGAUAAAGCAAAUAUUGAAGAUUUAAUGUGUGGUUUGAGAAUUUUGAAAUGAGUGAAUAAAGACUGAUGGCUUAUUCUAAAGUGUUAAACAUGCACAUAUUUCAAUUAUUCACUGUAUUGAGCUCCAGUCUAUGGCCCUCGAUCGGCCCUCUGCUUCAUCUGUGUUUAGACAUGUGGCCCGUGAUGAAAAAAGUUUGGACACCCCUGCCUUAUAUGAUUCCAGUAGAGCGGGAUGAUUAUUGUAAUAUUCAGCAUGUUUUCUCUGAAAAAACUCAAACGGCUUAUCAGCAGGAUUGGGCUGUAAUGUCUUUAAGUGACGCUGUAAUUUAUUUGGCUUCAUGCUGUCCGGUGCCAACAUUUUUAGUCACAGUAAACGCAGCGGUCUUUCCUCGUUUCCCGUCGUAGUCACAGUGAAGCCGAGCGCUACAGACGCUUUACAUACCGUUUGUUCUCUGCACUUCAUAUCUCCUGCUCUAUAGUGCUAAUACUCCGUGCGCUCACUCCGACAAUGAGAGCGUCACUGCCAACUACUGUAGUGGAUGUGCAUUUACACUUUACGAAAAAAAAAAACAUAUUCCCCGAGGUCACACGUGCCCCCUCUGGCAUCGCACGCCCCGCUAUUUGAGAAGAACUGCUCUAGAGAGUUUACUGUUCUCAACAUAUUUUUCAACUUUUCUUCACUAAUUGUGUUCUUGAUUGAAACUAUAAUUUAUAUUUAUACAGCUGUAACUCAAUUAAGUGGAAAUUUCACCAGAAUUUGUCACACAUACUUUAACCAUGUCCAUGUGUGUGGACUAUGAUCAUUGAAAGUAAAACAUUUGCUUUGGAUUAACUGAAAAAAAAAAAAAAAAAGUAAUAAUAUUUGCGUGGGAUUUUUAACUCUACACUAAUAAAUAGUGUGUAAUUUUAAUUAUAUCAUAUUAAUAAUAAUGAUAACCAACACUAACAAAAAUAAAAACCUUAUAUUCAAAUGAGGCCAAAAUAAACCUGAAAAAAUUAAAUCAAAAUGAAUAUUGAGAAUCCAAGUCAUGAUUUGAAGCAGGAUUGUUUUGCAGUGCACUUCCCAUUGUAGAAAAGAGAUAUUUUUGUAAACAGAAUCUCAUAGUUUUGAGUACAGGUGACAGGUGUAAAUAAUGUAACGUUCAGAGGUACGGUCAGUGUGGGAUUUUUCAUACUCGAGCAGUUUGAGUGAAUGCAUUUGUUUAAAACAUUCCUUUUGUACGUCCAGUGUUGAUGACAUAUGAUUAUGAAAUGUAGCUUCAGUUUCGCAGCAGCAGCAGAGUUUAAACAGACAGGACUGGAGACUCUCUCUAGAAACUCUAUUUGUGUUGGGGUUGGUGCAGUGGCAGAGUGGUUAGCCUCUUGCCCAAGGACACAACAGCAGUAUGUAUUAGUCUGAGCAGCAUUUGAACCACCAACCUUCCCUGACUUCAUCUGCAAGAAGAGAAGUUUGUGAUUAUGGUUUCCACAGAAGAGGAAUGAGUCAUCAUUUCUAGUACAACAGUGCCCUCUACUGGCCCUAUUCAAAUGUUUUUAAAAAUCUAAUUAAAGUGGAACUAAAAACAUUAAAUCCACGUUAAUUUGGUUACGAAACUGUGAAUAUGUUUUUUUUAAUAACAUUAUCUACCACUCCUAAUCAUUUUUUUGGCAACUUUAAUGCUAACUAGGUAUAUUUGCAGCUUUCUGCUGCAAAUGUAUAAAUGUAAGUGUGAGCUGACUCAUGCCAGAUUGAUUCAUCUGAAUCACUCUGAACUGAGUUCUACACAUCAUCCCUCUGGAACGGCUCUCGCUGAAAGCCAUUCAUCCAUCCAUUUUCUUCCUCUUCAUCCGGGGCCGGGUCGUGGAGGCAGCAGUCUGAGUAGGGAGGCCCAGACUUCUCUUUCCACGCACACUUCCUCCAGCUCUUCCGGGGGACCCCGAGGUGUUCCCAGGCCAGCCCAGAGACAUAGUCCCUCCAGUGUGUCCUGGGUCUUCCCCAGGGUCUCCUUCCAGUGGGACAUGCCUGGAACACCUCCUGAGGAGGUGUCCAGGAGGCAUCAGAACAGAUGUCCGAGCCACCUCAGCUGCUCCUCUCCACGUGGAGGAGCAGCGGCUCUGCUCCGAGCUCCUCCCAUGUAACUGAGCUCCAACCCUAUCUCUAAGGGAGCUCCCUGCCACCCUGCAGAGGAAACUCAUUUCAGUCGCUUGUAUCCGUGAUCUCGUCCUUUCAGCCAAUACCCAGAGCUCAUGAUCAUAGGUGAGAGAAGGAACAUAGAUUGACGGUAAAUCGAGAGCUUUGCCUUUCGACUCAACUCCCUCUUCAACACAGUGGUUCGAUACAGCGACCGCAUCACUGCCGACGCUGCACUGAUCCGCUGAAAUCUCAGUCCCAAAAUCAAUCUCGCUGAAAGAGUUUAGAAAAAGGAGGGACUUGCAGCAGAAUGACUCAAGCUGAUUGAGUGAACCACCCCAAAGUGCCCACCCACCAGUUUCUUUUUAGCCAAUCACGGCAAACCUGUCAAAAUUAAGUAUCCAACUAGUGGCAGGUAAAACCAAAACAAGGGAACAUGUUGGAGAGGGAACAUGUCCAUAAACAAAUCUAACUGUUUCUGCAAUACAAAUUAAGCCACCAUCACUGUCUGCCAGCACCACCAUGUUUGUGCAGCUCUCUGUAGACUGUAUAUAGAAUAUAUAUAAAGUCUGUGGUGUGGGCCUGGAGCUUGAGGCUGUCGUCAUGUCGCCUGAAACUCCUCCCCCUGUCAGACAAGCUCUGUGAUUGGGCCGACCACUGCGAGGGUCUGAUUUAAACUGUACAGUUGGAGCAAACCUAGAUGGAUUCUCGUGAGUUUGUGAACUCAAAAAGAAGAAUCCAUCCAGCAAGAAUCCAUCUUGCUGCACUAGGCUGGACUUCAGUGGCCUCUGCAAUUUCAAGUACUAUGUGACAUCACACAAGACUGCCCUGAUUACAGCCAGGUGUUUUUGAUAGAAAGUUUGAAGUGUGGAUACCUGUUAGACCAAUCACACUCUUUCUUAUUUUCAAAAUCAGUUCUCUCCACAUCCUCGUGUGCGCUCGGCUCUGCUGCUGCUGCUCAGAACAUUCCAGUGUCUUUUACAUUUCAGUAUUAACAUGUUUGAACUAUAGUCAUUUGAUUCUUGUGUUCAUGUUGUUUUUGCACCAGAAGGCACUUUGUUUUUUAUGGGAGGUAUUUUACUACAUGUGGAAAUGUCCACUCGGCAUUUUGGUUGCAAUGACUGUUGUUUGAUUGAUAAUAAACAGAUGUCUACACAAA